CCCAGCCCUGCGUGUUUGCUUGCCCGUGCCUGCCUGCCUGCCUGCCUGCUCUUGGGGAUUGCUCUCUUACGCCCACUCUCCCCUCGUUUGGUUGCAUCGCCCUGGUGUCGGUUUCUUUCUUUGUCAAUUGUUGGGGGCCGUGAUUGCGCCUGUUUACAGUUCAGGGGUACCAGGUACAUUCUUACAUUCGUCUUACUAUAGUCUGGUUCUUGUUCUGGCUCUGGUCGCCCGCCAUCGCCAAACGUGCCGUCACCCCCAGCUCCGGCCACCCCUGUCAGCCGUCCUCCUUCAACCUCAUCCAUCGCAUCGGCCAGACUUUGUCGGGCAAUUGCAUACCCUUCCUACACCGAUCGGCAAUCAACCGCCCUCGCGUCCCCCUCCCACCCCCCAAGUCAGCCUGGCUGGCCAUUCAAUAUGGCAGCCAACAAUUACUACAACGGCGGAUAUAGCAGCAACCCGCCUUCCUACGAUCAAGCCAAUCCUCACGAUCAUAACCUCCCAGCCUCCGGCCACCCCGACUUCAACACACAUCCAUAUGAGCCCACCACAUCCGACCCCCAUCUCCACUACAGUCAACAAUCUCUGGGUUCCGACCAGAGUGCAUAUGCAGCUGGAGGGAGAUUGGACGACAACAAUCACUACGCGGAAAAUAUUCCCCUGAAGAGCAACCAGUACACCAUUGGACCGCCGCCGCCGAAUUGGAUGCACCAACCCACGCAGUAUUCGCCCUCCCCCGACCCGAUAGAGCCACCGGUCGCCCUGGCAGCCCGUCAGAAAGCAAAGAGGAAGGGAUUCUUUCAGAAAAAGGUCCCAUGGGUGACGUACACAUUUACCCUGGUCCAGAUCAUCGUGUUUAUCGUGGAGCUGGUAAGGAACGCCCAGCUCACAGGUUCUGUGAUUGAGACGAAACCCUCGUUCAAUGUGAUGAUCGGUCCUUCGCCAUAUGUGCAGAUCUACAUGGGGUCGCGGUACACCCCGUGUAUGAAGAAUGUUCCCGGAGUUCAGAAUUUGAACGAAACGAUUCUAUUUCCUUGCCCGAACUCCACUACAACAGAAUCUCACUGUACGCUGUCGGAACUGUGUGGUUUCAACGGCGUCCCGAAUCCUCAUCCCCACGGGUCUCUGGACGACCGGCCCGAGCCCAACCAAUGGUUUCGGUUCAUUAUCCCCAUGUUCAUCCACACGGGGAUCAUUCACAUCGGCUUCAACCUGGCCGUGCAGCUGAGCAUGGGGGUGGAUAUGGAACGGAUGAUCGGCUGGUGGCGAUACUUUUUGGUCUAUGUCGCCAGUGGUAUCUGGGGUUUUGUUCUUGGGGGCAACUACGCCGCUCAGGGUGAAGCGUCAUGCGGUUGUUCUGGUGCGCUAUUUGGCGUCCUUGCGCUCUUCAUCUUGGACCUGUUGUAUACGUGGAAAGAGCGCCCCGCGCCUUGGGUGGAGCUGAUAAUCAUGAUAUUGGGUAUAGCCGUCUCCUUCGUGUUGGGCCUUCUCCCUGGGUUGGAUAACUUUGCCCAUAUUGGAGGCUUCAUCAUGGGGCUCGCACUUGGCCUGUGCCUUUUGCGGUCGCCCAACGCGUUUCGCGAGCGGAUUGGGCUUGCGCGCAACCCCUACGUGGCCAUGAGCGGCGGCGCCGGAGGGGCUACCGCGGAGGACACCCAGAAGGUGUCUUCGAGCCCCAACCUGGUCGACUUCUUCAAAGGGCGACGGACUCGCAACGCGGCUGGUGCAGAGAACAAGAUGAACCCGAUGAACUUCUUCCGGGGUCGGAAGCCACUGUGGUGGGCGUGGUGGCUGGUCCGUGUAGGCGCCUUGGUGGCGGUGCUCGUCGGCUUCAUUCUCCUUAUCAUCGACUUUUACAAAUAUCCGAAGUCUAAUUGCUCCUGGUGCUACCGCCUGAGCUGCUUACCGAUCAAGGAUUGGUGCGAAGAGGGCAAUCUGACGACGGAUAACACUUCAUAAAGGAUAGCUGGAGCACUUCCGAUAUCUUUCUUCUCUGUUUUCAUAUGGAUGGGUACAUUGUUUUUAGUUUUUGAGGAUAUCCCUGGAUGCAAGUUCAAUAUCAUACAAAUGAGCCGGUGUUUGGAGCCGAUUGCAGCGGUGAUCUAGAUAGCCCAGCGGAGUCAUGUGUAUAAACCACCACCUAGGUACGGGAUGGCAACCCCAAUGAGAUAAAUGCAUUAUGAUACGAGCGAGUCCGC